CUUCCACCAUGCCGUUGACGAUGCUUUUUCGACUAGUUUCAGUCUCACGAGGAGAAAAAAAAAUUUCUAUUUGUCGUAUGUGAAGCCACAACGUGGAUGAGCAUAUUUAUCCCACUGUAAAAUUAAUUCAUAUUAAAAAAUAAAAAAUAUUAUUGUGAAUAUGAUGAGGUGAAAAUUUAUAUCUCACUUGUGGAGAAUUGCUGAUGUGUUUGGGGGACAUUCGUAGUGUGUCAUCUUGUAGUUAACAAUUUUGUGGUAGAAUUUUGCAUUUGGUAUUUACGGGUGGAGAAUUUCUACACUCGGUGGUUAUUCAUUCAUUGGUGGGGGGAAGGACAAACGGGAAAUAAUUAAAACCACAGGCAGUUAUGGAUCUAACUGAUAUUGACGGUGAUGCUGAACAACCCUCAAAGUGUAUUGCAUUCCUUCGCAUGACCUGGAAAUUCUGUAAAUGCAUAUUCUCACAUGUGACACUUGUAUCUACUGUUGUUGCAUACUGUGUACUGGGGGCAUAUGCAUUUGAGAAGAUUGAGGCGGGGCAUGAAAAAGAUGUAAAAAUGAGUAUAAAAAAUUUGCGAGUCAACAUAACCGAGCGUUUAUGGGACUGGACAUUAAAAGCAGAAGCUCUGUACGAGUCCUCCUGGAAGAACAAAACAAUCCAAGUCCUCCAAGAUUUCGAGAAAGAAUUGCUGACGAAGAUGAAGAAAGAGGGCUGGGAUGGAAAUGAAUCCACCGACAGCCUUCAAUGGACAUUCGCCGGAGCGCUGUUCUACUCCAUAAUUGUCAUCACCACAAUAGGCUACGGUCACAUUGCGCCAAAGACACCCAGAGGGAAGAUCGUGACAAUCUUUUACGCCAUCCUGGGCAUACCACUGAUGCUGCUGUGUCUAUCGAAUAUCGGUGACAUCAUGGCAUCGAGCUUCAGGUUCCUUUACUGGAAGGUAUGCUGUUAUGUGUGUGUGAGGCCACCGAAACCCCGUAGAGCUAGAAGUGGUACAUUGGCAAGAGGCUACAGUGUUCGACAGGGAUCAGGACGAACGGCAACGAAUCGUGGAGGAUCAUUUAGACGAUCAAUCAGAGCUAGUCAGAGAUCAGCUGAUUCAGCACUUGGGUUAUCGGACAGUAUGACGAGAUCGACGGAUAAUAAUUAUCGGGGAUAUCAAUUGUCCCGACGUUAUGAUGAUGGGAAUUUAAAUGAAUCAAGAUCUUAUGGACAACGAUCAACACUGCCAAGAACAUCAGCACCGAGGGGUAUCAACUCAAGAGACUGUCGCCCCACAACCUUAACCGGCACAUCCAGAUAUACUUAUGAUUAUCGAUGUGCAUCAGUGACACCGAGAAUCGGGGGUAGACCUGCCAGACUACCUGGUGGUAAUAUUGCUGGAACAACUCAGUCGUUAGACAGACGACAAGUCGUUGGCUCGAAUGAUGUAGAUAGGACUCCAGUUCUUUUCAACAAGUACGCCAUUGACGAGCCAGAGUUCAACGAGAGCCAUAUGACACGGAACAAAAGAGAAUUUCUGGAUAACUUUGAAUCGACGAAAUCGAGUUUGAGGAGGGGCGAUAGGGCCACCACUGACUAUGCAACAUUACCGAGAUCAUCUGGCUCGGGUGUACCCAGGAGAGCACGUUCCGUUGAUCCGGGUACAUUAGGACAAGAGCCCGGUGUCUACCUUGAAAUGGCAAAACCCCGAAAAAUCGCAUCGCUCAAUAACAGAAGAACCAGGAACAACCUGGGAUACAUACCUCGACCUCAGAGACGUGAGGCACCAUCUCCUCGUAUUAUGUCACCAAUGGGUUUUGCUGUGCAUCGUCAGAUUUAUGCUGAUGACAUUGAGUACGAUGAUUAUUCAACAACUGUCGAGGAUCAAACGAUAAAACCAGUGCCAAUUUGGCUGUGUGUUUUUUUGGUUGUAAGUUACAUACUGGCUGGUGCUGUCUUGUUUAUGAGCUGGGAGCACUGGGAGUUUCUGGAUUCAGCUUACUUCUGCUUCAUCACACUCACCACCAUAGGUUUCGGGGACUUUGUGCCAGCCCACAAACUACCCAACUAUCCGGCUCACAUGGGAAUAGCAUUGUGCUCUCUAUAUCUUCUAUUCGGUAUUGCUCUACUAGCCAUGAGUUUCAAUUUGGUUCAGGAGGAAGUAAUAACUAACGUCAAGACUGUUGCUAAGAGGCUUGGUAUAAUAAAGGACAAGGAGGACGAGGAUGAUGAAGAAGAUCCAGAUGAUGAGAAUGUUGACGUUGAGGAAAGUUAUGAGGAUGGCAAUUAUGAAUGUGAAUACGGUGUUUAUCCUUCUACUGUGAGGGGACGUGAGUGUUACAGUGAUGAGGUGGAUCAGGGUCACGAUUAUGAGACAGCAAAUUGUCGAGUCAGUACUGGGUACCAUGAAGAGGAUGGAGUGGAUUUUGAAUUUCGGGUGAAAAUGGAGGAAUUCAGGACAUGGAGCCAAGCACCUACGACCUCGGUACGUGGACGAGUGCUGGAUGGCCAUGAGGCCUGGAGUAAUCGUGGCGCUUCGAUAAAACGACAGCGUGGUACUGCUAGACGAGACUGGAGGGACAGACGUAGAAGAAAAAGACGUAAACCAUUCAGUGAAAAAGUUGCUGACUGGUUUCGUGCAUUUCUUGCUUUUUUAUUCAGCAAUGUGGGAAUUGUUUGCUUAGUGAUUGGUUACACUGUAGCUGGUGCAUUCAUUUUUGAAUUUAUUGAGAGUGGAAAUAACAGGAGAGUUGGCAGUGGGUAUUUUAUACCCAGAACGAGAAAUGACACGGCUGGAAUUUUGUGGAAUUUAACUUAUAAGGAGAAUAUAUUCUCAGAGACAAUAUGGAAGAGCCAGGUCGAUAAAAUACUGCUGAAUUAUCAGAAAACUGUAAUUGACGCUGUGAAAAGUGGAUGGGACGGUACAGACUCGGACAAUCGAAAGUGGAGCUUUGCCGGUUCUUUUCUGUACUCUUUAACAGUAAUAACGACUAUUGGAUACGGUAAUAUGUGCCCAAAGACAAUGUCAGGGAAGGUGAUUACCAUAGGGUAUGCAAUUGCUGGUAUGCCACUGUUUCUGCUCUAUCUCAGCAACAUUGGUGACAUACUUGCCAGGAGUUUCAAGUGGACGUAUGCACGAUGCUGUCUGUGCAGAUGCAGAAAGAGGCCAAGAGUACCCCGUGAUCCAUCGAAUACUGAACCAUACAAGAACACUUGGCAGAUGGUCAGAAUGCAGUCCGGCAGAGUGGACACGGUUAGUCUAGAUGGUGAAAUUGAGUUCAUGGCAAAGACAACGGGCAGUGACGAGGAGAACGAGGAGGACAGUGAGGAUGAGGACGACGAGAGCGAUCGUUACGAUCCCCAACGCAUCACAGUACCAUUGACCCUUUGUCUGGGUAUAAUGGUGGGGUACAUCUGCGGUGGAGCCCUGUUAUUUUCUGAAUGGGAGGAAUGGGGCUUUUUAGACGGCUCGUACUUCUGUUUCAUCUCCCUCUCGACAAUUGGCUUUGGUGAUAUUGUCCCAGGUGACAAGAUAUACUCCGGCCAAGGGAUCGAGCUGUCCUUCAUAUUUUGCUCAAUGUAUCUCAUGCUAGGCAUGGCUCUGAUAGCGAUGUGCUUCAACCUGAUGCAGGAAGAAGUGAUGGCUAAAAUGCGAUCGUUCACGCGAACAGUGAAGCACGUACUCAGAUGCGACAGAUAGGAUAACGUUUUCUACUCGUCUCUUGCACACAUACAUACAUGUAUAUCCACUAAAAAUGGUAAAGAGGAGAGAGGGGGAGACUGUGAAGAAAAAAAAAGGAGCCAGUGAGAGGGAGAAGUGAAGGAAGCCACCCCUUCGUGAAGUCAUCUUGGUGUGGAUGAGGAAGUGGUGGAGGACAAGUUUAAGAUUAAAACGUCUGGUCUAGCUGGGGAGGGAGGUGGAUGGGGGGGGGGGAAGGGGAGUUAUGACGUGUAUGUGUAUCCCUUCAACCAGCCUUUGGUGGAAUUUUUUUUUGAACACAAUUCAACGAGACUCAGAUUGACAUAUUCUACAUGGAAUCAGAGCCUCCAAUCACGCAAAAUUCAUCAAUUGAAUUAAUUUUAUCAUCAUCAUGUCAUCGGCGAUAUUACUGUGUCCAUUAUCCUGCCAAUCACAGACACCAACGAUUGGGGAUUAUGCCCGACGGAUGAUCAUUCAAAUGAAAUUAAACACGUUAAUCUGAUACUA